UGUGUGCGUUGUGAGUGAUACGUGUAGACCGUACGGCAUUCGCGUAGUGUACGUGGUCGUAUCUAUGAAAUACACGUACGUAUUUCUUUUAUUUUACAUUUACCAAGAUGGCAUCGAAAAGCUUGACCAGUUCUUCUCGCCUUUGAGCGGGAUCGGCGAACAUCUGGGCCACCCCAGCGUUGGCUUCUUCGCGGAUUUCCUUCCAGUGACUCCUGGAGAUCAUCUGUGAGACAAAACCGACCGAUUCCUGCUCUGAAAAACCAUAGAAAAUCGCCAGUUUUUAGCUCGGAAAAGGACCCGAUUUUGCCUGGGAACGCGCUGGGUUGUGCUUGUGGGGAACGGAGUUAGCCAGGAUUGCGUCAUCAGAAUUGAGGAGUCAUCAACAACUCGGAUAAAACUCACUAAAAGGCACGUGCCUCCUGAGUUUGUGUUGUGAAAUAACUGCAACAAAUUGUAACUUUUUGGUUGGAGAACAACCACUGACUAUUUCAUGAACUCUUAAGCUUUGUAAGAAAUUUUGUACUGAAAUAAUUUUUCUUCCGCGGAUGAACCAUUUUGGGAGUUGACCCAUUUAAACACUGAUGUGUGAGUCACGUCGCAGCUGAUUCUCCAAAAAAAACCUAAUUUCUCAGGAAUGUCGGACUUAUAGCUCUAUUCUAUACUUGUAAAUAGUGUACAGAGUCAUAUUUUAUCAUGAAGGCAUGAUUUUCGUGGUUUUUUUUGGUGGGGAAUCGCGGACAGUAAGCUCUAAACGACCGUUACAACCGCCUACAAAUCCGUUGUUUUGAUCUUGAAUGGACGUUCAUUCAUUGGUGACCUUGGAUUGUCGUGUGACUAAAACUGCAUAGGCAUUUCGCAAUCAGCUGUCACCCGUGUCUUGCCUUUGACUUGCGCAAACAGUACAAUAGCGGCUCAACCAAAGUCUUCCACGAAUUACACAACAUUGUACUAACGUUGCCAGUCAUCUAUUUUGGAACUUAUAUUUUUCACGAUCUUCACUUUUGGGUGGAUUUUGACCGGGAACGUGGUCGGUGACGCAGCGUGGUUAGCCCGAUCAGUCGACCGUUCCCGAGCGACUUUUCCCCCACGGAGACGCCGAUGAACGUUCAACGCUCUCUCCCAAUUCCGAUCCAAAAUGAUCGGAGUCGGAGAAAAGCACUCGUGCAUUUGGACACACCACCCGAUUUAACUAAUUCUUACAGCAGUUUUAGCCCGAAUUUAUCGGCACCUACCCCACCGAAUUUUGUGCCCAAGGAACCUCAUGUUCUCUCCAAGAUCGGCGGGUAUCUUCUCACUGAAGAAACUGAGUUGAAUGUGUUCCGUGCGCUGGACGCAGUAACACAUGAAGAAACGAAAUGCAAGGUUGUCCAAGCAAAGAAGUACAACGAGAAGUUUGCACCUAACUUCAAGCUAGAGCCUCAUGACAACAUAUCCCAAAUUCAAGAAGUACUCGUCGGAGAUGAGAAGGCCUACGCGUUCUUCCCUCGCGACUAUGGCGAUAUGCAUCAAUACGUCCGCAGCAAGCGUAAGCUGAGAGAGGACGAAGCUAGCCGGCUGUUCUAUCAGAUGGUUCUGGCUGUGGCGCAUUGUCAUGAAGGUGGAAUCGUCUUGCGAGAUCUGAAGUUGCGCAAGUUUAUCUUCAAAAAUGCACCAAGAACUGAGCUGAUGUUGGAGGGUCUCGAAGAUGCCUACAUUCUUGAUAACAGCGAGCGCGAUCUUCUCUGUGAUAAACAUGGCUGCCCGGCAUACGUCAGCCCCGAGAUUCUAAACAGCGACCCUUGCUACUCCGGUAAAUGCGCCGACGUCUGGAGUCUGGGCGUAAUCCUGUAUACAAUUCUCGUCGGCCGGUACCCGUUUCAUGACACGGAGCCCAGUUCACUCUUCACAAAGAUCCGACGUGGGAAGUUCACCGUGCCGGAUACCGUGUCGGCCCAAGCCAAAUGUCUCUUGCGCAGCAUCAUGCGUGUGGAGCCAGCCGAACGUCUCACGGCAGAAGAGGUUCUUCAUCACCCGUGGUUUCGUCAGAACACCUACGUCAUCAACCCUUGCGGGGACUCUAGUAAAACUGUGGACCAGACUGUUCCGGAUUUCUCGAUGCCAGAAAAUGAUGACUCCAUCUUCUUAUAGCUCAAAUUCGUUUUGUGUUUAUCAAAUAAAAAGUUUGAAAAGGUUGUGAAUUUUAUUAUUUCUGAUUAUUUUAACCAAUGCAAGUUUUCCUAGUGCCAUGCUGUGUGUGGCGCAUACAUCAUGUGAGGUGAAAUGUUUUAGUGAAAGUAAUUAUCGCUUUCUUUAUACAACAGUACGGAGUUUGCUUUGUUUUACUUCAUAGCGUAAUAAAGGUUGAGAGCACAUUUUUAAUUUACAACUACAUGUGUAGAUUAUAUAUUCGUCAUUUUACAUAUCACUGAAAGCCUUUGCUCCAUUUUGAGACUGCUGUAGUUAAAAUAAGUGUAGUAAUUUGGUUGUUUGUUCUUGAUUUUCUACUCCAGUGUUAAACGUUGCAUACUCCUGAUUAGUUAAAAUCUUAAGAAUGGUGAUUUGGUCUCUCCAAUAGUGAAUCCUCCUUAACUGUGAGCCCGAGUGUACUGUUAACGCCUUUUCUGAUAAUUUUUUUGAGUGUUUUACAUGUACAUGUAUUUUUUUAAAAGAAAAAAAAAACAUGCACAUGUACCUCAAUUUGCUGAGAUUGAUUUCUGAAAUUCAACAAAUUUGUCACUCAAAAAAGAAACCUGAAAUGUUAAUGUUUCUUAUCUUGGCCUUUAAUUUGUUUCAUCAGAGCAGUCAGUAAGAUUCUACAUGUAUUCUAAAAAAUUAUACAUUUUAAGAAAGGUACUUUACAUGCGAAAAUUAGCAUUAUCUCGUUGGAGAUAUGAAUUGCUUUUCAAUUGCAUUUCUGUUCAUGUCGCCAGACCUCAGUAUUACAAAUGAUACGCCUCAGUUUUCAGAAAAGCAGUUUUUCAUCUCGUAAUAAUUUUGAGGUCUGUAUCACACCGGUCUCCCACAUUACCAAAGUCGCUGUACUAAGAAAAGAUUUCUUCUUCCUGAAUUAAUUUCACUUGACAUAAUUCACCCAAAAAAGAAAAACGGAAUUUAACCAUGGAAAUAUUUUCACGGCUUGUAUCUAUUAUUGUACAAGUACAAUGAACAUUGUUCCACAAGUUUCUGAGAAACCUCGUUUAUUCUAACGGUCCUUUUUUUUUUUCAAGUGAAAUUAAAAGUUUAAAACUUGCUGCACCCCUUUAUCUAACGAACCUACAUGUUUAGAUAGACCUGGUUUUCCAUUCAUGCAGCUUCAGUUGUACAUUUGUAACAAUAUGUAUGAAUACAGAGUUUGUGUAAAUUUCUAGUGUUCUCAUCAAUAAAAUAAACAAGUGAUAUUUUAUGCUGUGCAUAAAAUUUAAAACCUUCACGUAAAAUGCUGUUAGAUGUCCCUAAAUUCUGUCCUGAUUUGUCCAUUUGAAAUAACAUGAAAAUGUAGAUGUACAGAAUUUUGUUUUACCAGAAGGUUUUAUUUCUUUCAUAAGUACCUUUUCACUGCCAAAUAAAUGUAACAAAAAUGAU